AUGUCAUAUCCACAAUUUGGAUAUCCAUACUCGUCUGCUCCACAAUUUCUGAUGACAACCAACUCUCUAACCACUUGCUGCGAGUCCUCUGGCCGGUCCAUAGCGGACUCGGGCGUCGCCGCCACGGGACAGACUCCGGUGUACUGUCCGGUGUAUGAGAGCCGGUUGUUGGCCACGGCGAGGCAUGAGCUCAGCUCGGCUGCAGCGCUGGGGGUCUACGGCAGCCCGUACGCCGCCACGGGACAGGGCUAUGGGAACUAUGUCACCUAUGGCACGGACGCAUCAGCUUUCUAUUCUCUGGGUACAUUCGACACUAAAGAUGCCACUGCAUCUGCACAUGCGGGAAUAACCCAGACAACAGCAUAUUACCCCUACGACCCAACCCUGGGACAGUACCAGUACGACAGAUAUGGGUCUAUGGAUGGGGGGACCAGGAGGAAGAACGCCACUCGAGAGACCACCAGCACGCUAAAGGCCUGGCUGCAGGAGCACAGGAAGAACCCGUACCCCACUAAAGGAGAGAAGAUCAUGCUGGCCAUCAUCACCAAAAUGACCCUGACCCAAGUGUCCACGUGGUUCGCCAACGCCAGGAGGAGACUCAAGAAGGAGAACAAGAUGACAUGGCCCCCCAGGAACAAGGGCUCAGAUGACAAGAGAUAUGAUGAAGACGAGGAGGGCUCACAGGAGGAUCAUAUCAAGAGCGAGAACAAUGAUGAUGAGACCAGGAGUCGCCACGAUAAGGACCUCCAGCUCAGCGACUUGGAUGACUUUGAGGCUCUGGAGUCAGAGAGCUCUGAGUGCGAACUGAAGCAUCGCUACCACCUCAACACCCACAUGUCCACCACCGAGCUGCCCAACGAGCACCUCAUCAAAGACGUGCCGCUCAAACUGCCCGCUCAACUCGAGCAGGAUUUGACUAAAAACUGUCUCAAAACCAAGGUUGAGGACUUUCAGGGGGACUCCAGGCAACCGGGCAAAACCUGUUAUUCGCAGCAGCAAAUUCUCGACGGAAAGCCGCGAAUUUGGUCCCUGGCUCAAACAGCCACAUCUCUGAAUCAGACUGAAUUCCCUUCUUGCAUGUUGAGAUGCCAGCCGCCACCCCCCUCAUCAAUUAGCCCCUCCCCCAGCACCACCUCGCCCUCCUCUGGGCUGGAUACACGGCAGGACUCGCCCGUCACCACACUGCGGAACUGGGUGGAUGGGGUGUUCCAUGACCCCCUCUUCAGGCACAGCACUUUGAGCCAGGCGCUGACCCACACCUCGGUUUCCUGGAGCGGCGAUACUAAAGGCGCCGCCCUGCUGGAGUCAGACAGAAGUGCACUGAGCUUACAGCACCAGGACUCUGCGAAGGACGCUGCCAUGAAUCAGUUUCCCAAAAGCAUGAACAAACUGUUCUGCUCCUAA